AUGCGGCCGCAGCUGUUUCGUGCGGCCGCCCGGUCUCUCCGGGUGCCCCGAGCCCGGCCCUUCGCAACGACAGCCCCUCGCGCGGCCGAGGUUGAACUGACCAUUGAUGGCAAGAAGAUUUCAGUUGAAGCCGGUUCGGCUCUCAUCCAGGCAUGCGAGAAAGCUGGUGCUACUGUCCCAAGAUAUUGCUAUCAUGAAAAAUUAUUGAUUGCGGGAAACUGCCGUAUGUGUCUUGUCGAAGUUGAGCGAGCCCCGAAGCCAGUGGCAUCAUGCGCCUGGCCAGUCCAGGCUGGCAUGGUGGUCAAGACGAACUCGCCUCUGGUUCACAAGGCUAGGGAGGGUGUGAUGGAGUUCCUUCUCGCCAAUCACCCUCUGGAUUGCCCUGUCUGUGACCAAGGAGGUGAAUGUGAUCUCCAAGAUCAGUCGAUGCGCUACGGUGCGGAUCGUGGUCGUUUCCACGAGGUCAGUGGCAAGCGUGCGGUCGAGGACAAGAACAUCGGCCCCCUCGUGAAGACCUCAAUGAACCGAUGCAUUCAAUGCACUCGCUGUGUUCGAUUCAUGAACGAUGUCGCGGGUGCUCCCGAGCUAGGAACCAGCGGCCGUGGAAACGAAAUGCAGAUUGGAACCUACCUGGAGCAAAGCCUUGACUCGGAAUUGUCAGGCAAUAUCAUCGAUCUCUGCCCUGUUGGUGCCUUGACCUCCAAACCUUAUGCAUUCCGAGCUCGUCCUUGGGAGUUGAAGCACACCGAAUCCAUUGAUGUUCUGGACGCACUUGGCUCCAACAUCCGAAUUGAUAGUCGGGGGUUAGAAGUGAUGCGUAUUAUUCCUAGACUGAACGAUGACAUCAACGAGGAAUGGAUUAAUGACAAGUCACGCUUUGCGUGCGAUGGAUUGAAGACUCAGCGGCUCACUACGCCUUUGAUUCGUCGUGAGGGCAAAUUUGUUCCUUCCACUUGGGAGCAGGCCCUGGUCGAAAUCUCAUCAGCUCAGCAGAGACUUCAGUUACAGCCAAACGAGUUCAAGGCUGUCGCCGGACACCUCGUCGACACCGAAUCACUCGUUGCCAUGAAAGAUAUGGCAAACAAGUUGGGCUCCGACAACCUUGCCCUUGAUCAGCCCGGCGGCAGUGCCCCUAUUGCUCACGGUAUCGAUGUUCGCUCGAACUACUUGUUUAAUUCUAAGAUUUAUGGUAUUGAGGAGGCCGAUGCUAUUUUGCUGGUCGCCACUAACCCCCGUCAUGAGGCUUCUGUUCUCAACGCUCGCAUUCGUAAGCAGUAUCUGCGCUCGGAUCUGGAGAUUGGCCUCGUCGGUGAAGAGUUUGACAGCACCUUCGACUAUGAUCACUUGGGUGCCGAUGUUUCCGCUCUGAAGGCUGCUCUGUCUGGUGAGUUUGGCAAGAAGCUUGCAUCUGCUCAACGGCCUAUGAUUGUCGUUGGCAGUGCGGCUGCUGAGCACCCAGAUGCCAAGGCUAUCUUCGAGGCCGUGGGCAGUUUUGUCGAGAAGCACACCGGUACCUUCAACACCCCUGAGUGGCAAGGCUAUAAUGUCCUGCAGCGUGCCGCGUCUCGCGCUGGUGCUUACGAGGUGGGCUUCACUACUCCAUCCCUCGAGGUCGCCCAGACUACCCCGAAGAUGAUCUGGCUCUUGGGCGCCGAUGAAAUUGCGCAGAGUGAAAUCCCGAAGAAUGCUUUUGUCAUCUACCAGGGUCACCACGGUGACCGGGGUGCUCAGCUGGCAGAUGUUGUCUUGCCUGGUGCAGCCUACACCGAAAAAUCUGCCACCUAUGUCAACACUGAAGGCCGUGUGCAGGUGACCCGUGCAGCUACAUCGUUACCUGGCGCCGCUCGUGAUGACUGGAAGAUUAUUCGCGCCACCAGCGAGUUCCUUGGUGUUCCCCUCCCAUACGACGACAUCGAGGCUCUCCGUGACCGCAUGGAGGAGAUCAGCCCGAUUAUGCGCCGCUACGAUGUCGUUGAGCCCACUUCUGUCAGCUCAUUGAGCAAGGUGCAGCUGGCCGAUCAGAACAAGGGCUCACCCGCGACCGGCGCUCCCUUCAAGAAAGUUAUUGAGGACUUCUUUUUCACCGACUCUAUCUCUCGAAGCUCGCCCACUAUGGCCCGUUGUUCGGCUUCUAAAGCCACUGGUAACCCAGAGACCAACUUCAUGGCCGCAGGCGAAAUGUCUCCUCAAGCCUUGUACGGCUGA